CUCGGACUAGACUGCUUCGGAAGAACACAGAAACCCUCAAGGUGAAGACACAUUUCCCGUUCUGCAAUUGAAGUGACGGUUUAUCGGCCUUCCUUUCCCUGUUCACAUCAGCUGCUCACUGUCAGAAACGAAACAAGAUCUGCGACAACCAUGGCGGGCCCAGUUGCAUCUGGAAUAUUGAGAUUCUUUGAAUCAGGUUCCAAGAAGCAGGCAAUCGCUUCUGCCAUUGCAGAAGGGGGCUCUGGCAGUCUCCUCCUCUUGGGCCUCAAUAGUGAAGGAAUGCGAAGGCGAAAUCACAUGAUGAUUCAAAACGGGGCUGGUCACACGAUCAAGUUGCAAAAGGUUUACCUGCACUGGGGGAAGAUGAAGGAACCACCGACCCCAGUCAUUCAGCAUCAGCAUCAGGACGAGUGUCUCUUCCACGCCGCUGGGGGCUGGGCCAUAAGCGGAUCCAGUGGCAUUGUCACUUAUCAGCUGGACGAUGACACAUAUCUCCACAUCAUGUGGGACUGUCCCAUCAACUUCGACUUUUCUGACAACUUUGUCGGUCUCUACUUAUGUGGUAAGAAGGAGAGGGAACCAGUUCCUUCUUUGUUCAAGACGAUGUACCAGGAUAUUUCAAAUCCAAAAAUGAUGCCGGAGAAAGGCUCCUGUUAUGACCUUGUUUGCUGUGGUCCUGGAGAGGGAACAUAUUUAGGAUUCGCGGGAAGAACACGCACAAAAACAUGGGGUGUUCGCCGACCCUGUGAGGUUAGGAACGAAAAGUUCUAUGCCACAAUGACUAUGGGCGAUCGACAUAAAACAUCCAGUAAAGUUACGAUCUUAGGCAAAGAAUUCUGGCCCAAGUUUUAAUGACAAAAACUCUACAAUUGUUAACAUUUCUUUGCCUGACACUGCUUGUCAUUGACUCGUGAGGUUUGCUUGUGUGUUUGUACUGAGCAUCAUGCUGGAGCUAUGCGUAAAAAGGUAUCAAAUUUUGUAUUGUACUUUGUAUUCUUACUUAACGGUGAUGGCAAAUCACCUGGCGUUGCAACAAAAUUGUCAACACAAAACCCAAGCACUAGCAGUUUUCUACAAACAGUCUCGUCUUCGUCAUCCUUUCUGAAAACUGAAUCCCAUCACUCGAUGAUCCUUCUCGUGUCUGUCAUAAGAUUCUGAUUUGGCUCUACUGUUUCCUUGGUAUUCAGGGGAGUUAGGGGACCUCAUGUCCACCAUUUUACUGUUAAACUUUGAACAAGGGAAGGAAAUGUCACCUCUUACCACACGGUGAUCUGGCCCUGCCCUUCAACAACAAACACCCCCCCCCCCCCCUUUCCUCUCUCUCUCUUUCUCUCUCUUAUAAUUACUCCCUGACCACUGAAGAGCUCCUCUCUCUCUCUCUCUCUCUCUCUCUCUCUCUCUCUCUCUCUCUCUCUCUUUUAUAAUUACUCCCUGACUACUGAAGAGCUCCUCUCUCUCUCUCUCUCUCUCUCACUCUCUCUCUCUCUCUCUCUCUCUCUCUCUCUCUCUCUCUCUCUCUCU